AUGCCGAUGGGCCGGAUGCACUCGUCGCAACCUUCGAAUCCCUUCAUCACCUACAACGCGCAGCAGUCGCAGCAACCAAGUUAUGCUUCUCAAUCAGCCAACCUGCCUCCCUUCAAUCUCAAUGCUGGCAUCACACCUUUCAAUCCGAGCACCGCCUCGGCAUAUGGCAGUGGAGCGUUCGGCGCCGCUGCAGGCACAUCUUCCUUCGCACCCGGCAUGAUGGCAGGCCCGGGCCAAGGGCAGGGACUUGGCUCCGCAGCUGCGCAGGCGGGAUUUGCAAGAGGUGCCGCAAUGCAAGAGCACAAUCAACACAUUGAGGCAGGAGGUAUGGGCUUGAAGACGGGCGCCGCAGGAAGAAUACGCGAAGUGUGGCAGCAUAACUUGGAGCCCGAGAUGCAUAUGCUUCGACAGCUCAUUCAAAAGUACUCGUACGUAUCUAUGGAUGCCGAAUUCCCAGGGAUUGUCGCACGCCCCAUUGGGAACUUUGCCGGCAGCAAAGCCGAAUAUCACUACCAGACGCUUCGCUGUAAUGUCGACAUUCUCAAGCCCAUUCAAAUCGGCAUCACUUUGUGGAAUGCCGAAGGCGACCUCUGCCCCCCGCAUGAUCCCUCCAUCACGCAAAGACCCGGGAACAAGCCCUCGGGCUACAACAAUUCGACGCUGAACCAACAAAUCCCAUGUACGUGGGUCUUCAACUUCGAGUUCAACCUGGAGGAAGACAUGUACGCCGAAUCAUCCAUAGAACUGCUGAAACAAAGUGGUGUGGAUUUUCAACGUCACAUGGAAAUGGGUGUCUCGCACCAAGCAUUCGGUGCUCUGCUCAACACGUCAGGCCUCGCCAUCAACCCCGAUGUUCAUUGGCUGAGUUUUCACUCUGGAUACGACUUUGGCUACCUCAUCAAGCUUCUCUCGAACGACGCCUUGCCUACUGAACAGUCUGAAUUCUUCCAGCUGGUAUCUCUCUUCUUCCCAAAACUUUGGGAUAUCAAGUUUCUCCUCCGCCACGCUCAGCGCAUGCGUGCUCAGAAUCGCCUAUCGGAAAACGGCUCGCGUAUAGUGGACUCAUUAGGAUCGAAGUCCGGCCUUUCGGACCUUGCAGACGAGUUGCAGUGCCAGCGCAUCGGAACAUCGCAUACAGCAGGCAGCGAUGCCUGGCUUACAGGCGCAGUCUUUUGGAGCAUGAAAGCAGGCAUUUUCAAUGGGGACCUAGACGACGUACUUUCAGACCAGAUCUAUGGACUUCACGGUGUCCCCAUGCCCGCAAGUCAGCAGUAUCGUGAGGAGUUUUUCGCUGCGCAGCACACGCCUGGCGCAGCAGCCACCAACGGAGGUAUGGGUGGUAGUAAUGCCGCAAGCUUUACGCCUGGCGGCCAAAACAAUGGUGGACACAAUCCCAGCACGCCGGUUGCGCAGCAUGCGGGACUUCAUUCAGGCACGCCUGGAGGAGGCAGGGAUGGAGGUCUUUACACGGCUGCGCAACAUAGUAUGGCCGCGGGUUCAUACCAAGGUUUCCAGUACUCGCAGGGAAAGUAG